UCGACCGUGGCAUUAAUUAAUAAUCCGUGACAAGUCAAUUUUUUUAAAGGGCGUGAGAAGUCAAAUAUACGUAAAAAUGUGCAGAAGACCAUAUCAUAAAAAAUGUAUUAAUGUUUGAACGUAAGAGCAAAAGUGAGUACGGAACGGUGAGAACUUGACACUAUCAUAAUAUAAAUAAAUACGUACCCACUCUUCUUCAAUGAAUCUUGAGCACCAAGGAUUUCAGUGCAAAAAAAUGUUGUCACUAGAUUAUUCCAUGUGGUUCAUCCUAGUAACAGGUUUGUUGGGUGGAUAUGCAUUUGUUUUUGGUUUCCUUAGGAAAUUGAAUGAAUGGUACUAUGUUAGUAGAUUGGGAAAUAUGCAAAUGCAAUACCCUCUUCCACCAGGUGAUAUGGGUUGGCCUUUCCUUGGUAACAUGCCUACUUUCCUUAAAGCUUUCAAGUCUGACCCUGAUUCUUUCAUCUAUCACUUUGUUUCCAGAUAUGGCAGGACAGGCAUGUAUAAGACACAUUUGUUUGGGAGUCCAAGCAUCAUAGUAUGCACACCAGAAACAUGUCGUAAGGUACUAACAGAUGAAGAAAAUCUCAAGCUUGGAUACCCUCCUUCAACCAUGGCACUCACCGGAAAAAGAUCCUUUCACGGCAUCUCGAACACCGAACACAAGCGUUUGCGGCGGUUAAUUACAUCUCCUAUAAAUGGUCACGAGGCAUUGUCCUCAUAUAUUGGUCUCAUAGAAAAUAUUGCUGUGAAACAUUUGGAAGAGUUGUCUACCAUGGACAUGCCUUGUGAGUUUCUGAAAGAGAUGAGAAAGUUUGCUUUUCAAGUUAUCACUACCAUUUUCAUAUCAUCUGAUUGUGAUCAUGUGGACCUUGGUUUGGUUGAGAAUUUGUAUAUUGAUUUGAAUAAGGGAAUGAAAUCACUUGCCAUCAAUCUCCCUGGCUUUGCAUUCCAUAAAGCACUAAAGGCACGAAAGAAGUUGGUGAAGCUGUUGCAAACCUUAGUGGAGCAAAAGAGGAGGAAGAAUAAUAGAAAGAAAAGGUUAAAAAAAGAUAUGAUGGAUUUAUUGAUGGAAGUGAAAGAUGAAGAGGGUAAGAUAUUGGAGGAUGAAGACAUUAUAGACUUACUUCUUCUGUUCUUGUUAGCUGGUCAUGAAAGCUCUGCUCAUGGAAUUUUAUGGACUAUUAUUUAUCUCAUGGAUCAUCCACAUGUCUUCCAAAGAGCCAAGAAAGAACAAGAAGAGAUUAUGGAAACAAGGCCUUCCACUCAAAAAGGGCUUAACCUUAGGGAAAUUAAGCAAAUGGAAUAUCUUUCAAAGGUUAUUGAUGAGAUGUUGCGCAGAACAAGUAUUUCGUUUGCAAACUUUAGAUUGGCAAAAGUCGAUGUUAACAUCAAUGGUUAUACUAUACCAAAAGGAUGGAAAGUCUUGGUUUGGAACAGAGGUGUUCAUAUGGAUCCUGAAACUUACUUCAAUCCAAAGGAAUUUGAUCCAUCCAGAUGGGAGAAUUAUAAAGCAAGAGCAGGAUCAUUCCUUCCAUUUGGAUUAGGAAGCAGAUUAUGUCCCGGAAGUGAUUUGGCUAAGCUUGAAAUCAUCAUUUUCCUCCAUCAUUUUCUUCUUAACUAUAGGAUGGAGAGAAUUAAUCCAGAGUGUCCUGUGACCUACCUGCCAGUACCUAGGCCUACAGACAAUUGCCUUGCAAGAAUUAUAAAAGUAAAAUAAAUCAUGGGAUUAUUAGCCUCUUAACAAGGGCAAGAAACAUGUGGUAAUCUUAGAUGUUAUGACCUUAGUAUAUAUGUUCUUGUAAAUUAUUAGAUUUAAAUAAAGUACAUGACAAGAUAGAGUGACACAUUGAAGUGUCGGUGACAAUAAUAGCAAGGAAAGAACAAUAACUUGAAGCAGUUGAAUUGCACUUGAAGAAACUGUUGAAAUUAUUAAAGUGGAUAA